AUGGGGCUUGGAGGCAAGGACAGCAGCCACCUGGUGUCCUUCCUCAUCGGCGCUGCUCUGCCCACAGCAUUUCUCUUCUUCCUGGCGUCCGACCGGCUCGGCGACGGCUUGUCAAGCAUCUCCAUGAGCUGGGGAAGCAGUGGAACCCGGCAGUCGGCUGGCCCGCGGGCUCAGGAGAGCGACAACACUACUACUCUUGAUCAAGAGGUGGGAUUCGCAGGCCUAGCUGAGCUUCUGCCGAGAGUGGCCAUGGAGGACAGGACGGUGAUUCUCACGUUGGUGAACGAGGCAUGGGCGCAGCCCGGCUCACUGCUGGACAUCUACCGUGAGAGCUUCAAGAACGGCGAGGACAUAGAGCACUUCCUCAACCACGUCCUGGUCAUCGUCAUCGACGCCGGCGGGUUCGGCCGCUGCAAGGCCGUUCACCCUCACUGCUACCUCCUUGAGGUGAAUAAGUCAACGGCGAACCUGAGCUCAGCCAACAGGUUCAUGACAAAGGAAUUCCUGGAGCUGGACGCCGACAUGAUAUGGCUUCGCAACCCGUUCCACCACAUCUCCGUCUACGCCGACAUGAGCUUGUCGACGGACUACUUCAGGGACGCGUUUGCUCCCCUGAACAACACGCUCAACACGGGGCUCUACUACAUGAGGUCGACGAACCGGAGCAUCGAGAUGCUCAGGUACUGGCGGGCGGCGAGAGCGAGGUUCCCCGGCGGUAGCGAGCAGGGGGUGUUCAACGAGAUCAAGCACGAGCUCAUCACCAAGCUGCAGGCGAGGAUCGAGGCCGUCGAGACGGUGUACUUCAGCGGGUUCUGCGAGUACCACGCCAACCUGAACAGAGCCUGUACCAUGCACGCCAACUGCUGCAUCGGGCUGGCAAACAAGGUGCUCGACCUCAAGGAUGCUGCCGUGGAUUGGAGGAACUACACGAGGCUGACGCAGGAGGAGAGGAAGAAGGGGGGUUUCAAGUGGACGCCCCCGGCUAGGUGCUGGAAGACAAUAGGUUGGAACGUGUGA